UAAAUAUAUAAUAUAUAAUCCAAGUUAGGCCAAUCCAUUUAUGUUUUGAUGAUGGAAUUCUCAAUAAUGAAAAGCAGUUCUUCUCAGAAAAUAUCAAGGGUUAGACAAUACAAGAAAUCUUCAGUUCCUCGUUUGAGAUGGACGCCUGAGCUUCAUCAACUUUUCAUUGAAGCUGUUGAACAUCUUGGAGGAAGUGACAAAGCAACUCCAAAGAGAAUUCAACAGAUGAUGGCAGUAAAGGGAUUGAAGAUUUCUCAUGUUAAAAGCCAUCUCCAGAUGUACAGAAACUUGAAAGAGCGAGCCAGCAUCACUAUUGUUAGGUCUUCUUCCCCUCUGCAUGUGUCUGAAACAUUAAGAGAACCUGGGAGUCAAUUGUCUUACAAAUUAGGGGGGGUAAAUGAAUAUACUGACCAAAUUGCUGAAAAUGUAUAUUGCUAUGACUACCAGGAAGCACAAGGAAGUUUAAGUAGUGGAAUGACAAAGGAAGAAGAAGAAGAAGGUGAAUGUGAAAGGGAGAUCAAUUUUUGGCCUAAUUUGGAUGAUUAUCAACAUUCCCAAUCUGAAAACUCUACUAAGGACAAUUCUCACAUUAAUCUAGAUUUAUCUAUUUCCUCAUGUUUCUAUUGUUAAUUAUGCUAAUAUAGAUUAUAGAGUAGUCCCCUAGCUAUUACUAUUUGUCUUAUUUUAUAGUACAUUGUGGUAUAGCAAUAAUACUGGCCUUUGUAUCUAGGUCUAGGCGCCCAGUAGUUUUUGUACGAAUUAAAAAGAAAUUCUAGUGGAUUAUUUAAUUCUUAUCAUUUGGUCCUUC